ACCCCACCCCCUGUUUUUCAUUCUCCUGGACCUUAAAUCAAUGUCAAUCAAAUGCAGUAAAACAAAAAAUUAAGCCUACCUUCUCACCAGAACACAGAAUAAUUAUUUUAAAAUAACGAAUAUCUUUUUUUCUCAUCAGUCCCAUGAUUUUUUCACAAUUUUUAUUUUCCUGUUGCCAUUUUGAGGUAGUUGAGAACAGUUAGAGUAUUAUGUUAUGAGCUUUCUCUGUAGUUCUGCUGCUGGAGGACAAACUGACCACUUUUCCUAACUGCUAGAGUUAAAUAUUCUACUCUAGCUUGUAUUCUUUGCUGUUAUUCCAGUUAACUUUAAUGUUUUCCCUUAGUUUUGGUCUCUUCAUAAAAAACACAUCUGGCCUAGGGUUAUUCUAAUAAGUAUUAGUAUCAUAAUUAUCAUUAGCAUACUAGUAAUAUAAUACUAGUACUAUUACUAGUACUAGUGUUAUUCGCGAAUCCUGAACCAUAUUCAUGUACAUGUCCUGAAUUACGUCAGAUUCGCUCAAUAGAAAACUGAGCUGUGAUUGGUUGAAAAUAAACACCAUACGAAAUACAGGAAGCCAUUCUGUAAAACGCCGGAAGACGAACCAGAGAACAGGCAGGCUUGGCUUGGUGAAAGCUAAAUUGAAGUAUUCUGAAAUUGGACUAUGGCGCUUGGAGACUGUUGGAAGCAGCUGUCCUGGUUUUAUUACCAGUACCUGCUAGUGACAGCGCUGUACAUGCUGGAGCCCUGGGAGAGGACCGUGUUCAACUCCCUGCUGAUCUCCGUGGCUGCCAUGGCCAUCUACACUGGCUACGUCUUUAUGCCGCAGCACAUCAUGGCCAUCCUCCACUACUUUGAGGUAGUCCAGUGAGCCGUCUCCUCUGGUGUUCCACUAGUCUAGCCCGUCGUCCAUCUGCCUACCACAUCCUCCAACAACCCUCCGUUUUUCUGUGCUUGGAUGCACGUCCCUGUUUGAAGUCGGACUGUCACAGAACUUCUCUCCUCAUGGAAUCCAGAUCAAAAGUAGAAGCUGGACUUGCUGUGCUGGAGGCCAUGUAAGACUACAGCCAGCCGCGGUGAGAGCGGACAUUGUAAGCAGUGUUUUACUUGGAGAAGUGCUUAGUUUCAGCUGUUUCACUUUGACUCAAGUGCACUUUACUGUUGGAGUGAUGUGUAGUUUGUUGGACUGUGCUUUGUUUUUGCUAUCCUCUUGUUGAAUAUCUCCUGUAGCUGUUUGACUGGCUGAGCAGGAUGAGAUCUUUAGAUCUGCUUUCCAUUUCCUGUGACGAAGCUCAGCAUUCCUCCAAACUGAUCUGGACAAUUAAACCAUAUGCAGCAUACAGGGAGAGCCUGUUAGCUCUGUUACAGCUAGUUAACAGCAAGCAGUUUUUUUACUAUUAAACAUGCUGUAGUUCUCUUUAUGGCACACUAUCCUUCAUAUAGAUUUUUAUUUUUAAUCUUAUGACUUUUCUUUCAGACUCAUCAUGUUUAGUUAUAUUUUAUCUUUAGAUCUGGAUGUUUUUUUUAAUUUUUAAAUUUAAAUUUUUUUUGGAACUCUGAAUUGAUUGUUGCCAUACUCUGCAUCCCAAAAUUAUAGUUCACUUAUUGAGUAUUAAGAAACAAUCUGCAAAAAUUUAACAUUUUUCUCUCCAUCAUGACUUUUCUGAUUCUUAACUUCAAAUCUAUAAACAUACAAAUAUCUGUAAAAUGAAUUCCAUUAACCACUACUUUGAGGAAUUCUAGCUCUAGAGUGAAGCUCUUCAUAGAUGAGUUAUAAACUGUGAAAAGCUGACAAAUUCCUUUACAGGUGGUAGAUAUAGGAAAUGUGUUGCAAUGAAAUGAUUGUGAAGAACAAAAACAUCUCUUUGAACUUCCUGUAACUCAAGAUAUGCUUUUUAAUAAUACUUUCUAUUUAUAUUUGACAUGUAAAAUAAUGUUAACCCUCCUGUGGUCCAUUGAACCCCUCAAGCUUUUGACCCUAUACGCAGUCCGGUGGGUCACACUGACCCUGUUUGUGCUUCCCCGUUGUCUGUCAUGGCAAGACCACAGGAGGGUUAAUCAAUUCAAGGUUUAGGUUGUUUUUCAGUUUUCCUUUAUUGUUCAUUCCAGAGAUUUAAUUGUGGUUUUUGUAUUUGUUUAAUCUCUGAAAUGCUCUAACCAAACCUCAGGCAUCAUUAUGAGCAGCAGUUACCUCCAUCCCCGUUUUAAUUGUUCUGUUUGCUGGUGUCAGAUGGUGUUUUUCUGGUUAAAUUGCAAAAUUGGACCAGAAUUUGUUUUCUGAGAGCCAAAGUUUGUGAGAAUUUGGGGUCUAUUCUCAGUCCAGUGCAGCUCCUUAUAUGUGAUCUCAGUGGACCAUAACAAUCUGUUCCUCCAGCACUGGAUCAACACAUCAGGAAGGAUUUAUUGGACUGUCGAAAGGAAGACUCAGUGGGAAAGAAAAUCAGUCAAAAUAAGGCCUAAUCUAAUUAAGUCUAAGCUAAUUUGUCCUUAUAACAAAAUGUCAGAUAUCCUUUCUAUAUUUUGGUUGCAUUUAUUAGCAACAUAAACUCCCACUGCCACAGCUAACACUUUCUCCUGCUAAAAUAUGUACUUAUCUUGAAUGUAUAUAUUCUUGUAUACAUCUUUGUAAAGUUUUGUAGUCAGAUAAUUUGACUUAAGGAGAUGUUUUGUUGAAGUCAUUGUAAUACCAUUCUAUAUAUCUGAAAUGAUUAAAGUUAUACUUGUUUUACCUA